AUGUCAUUAACACGUAAUCAUUGUAUUAAGAGUUUUGGGAGAGAACGUGCUAAAGAUGAACAAAUAGAUGACCCCUCAAUCAUCAAGAAACGUGCUAACCUCAGAAAUUAUAUGUGGUGGGAUGAAUGUCAAAAAAAGACCUAUGAACUCAGAAAAUGUAAAGGAGAAACAACAACUAAAAUAACUGAAUCAACUUCGGGAUGGGAACCAAAGGAGCAACCAAAAAUUUGUAUAAUUGGAGCUGGAAUUGCCGGGUUAUUCACAGCCUUGCUGUUAGAGAAAGCUGGACUUAAAGACAUAAAAAUAUUGGAAUAUCAAGGUCGUGACCGUGUAGGGGGUCGUAUCUAUACUCAUUACUUUAGUGAAGACCCGAAUGAUGAUAAACGUCGUUAUGGUGAAAUUGGAGCCAUGAGACUUCCACAAAUUAAAGAUAACCCAGAUCUUUCACCACAUCAAUUGGUAUUUGAUUCUAUUCAAUAUUUGAAUGAGAAUGUUGAUAAAGAACAUCAAUUGGAGCUUAUCGAUUUUAUAUUCUCAAAUGAUGAUUCCAUAUUUUUCUAUAACAAUGCCACAAGUCCCGAAGGAAAAGUCAUGACCGCAGAUUAUGUGGAUAAAAUAAGUGAAGAUCCAGCACAAUUUACACAGUUAAAUUUUCCAACUCAAGUUCCUUCUAAUUAUCGAGAUAUCUUUGAAGAUGCACUGACACCAUUCUUUAAAGCACUUAAUGCUAAUUUUGAACAAGGUUUGAAUGCUCUUAAACAACAAAAACAACAUUCCGUUUAUUCUUACUUAAGAGAUGUUUAUUUGCCCGCAAUAUUUCCAACUCAAAGUGAUGAAUAUGACGAAAUUAUUUCAGCAAUGGAAAGUGUAGAAACCUCAACUGGAUUGUUCCACCUUUCACUUCUUGAAACAGUAAUUGAUAUUUAUACGUUUAGUAAUCCUAAUAGCAGUCUUCAACAAGUUUGGAAAACAAUUGAUAAAGGGAUGUCAAGAUAUCCAAAUGCUUUCUUAUAUUAUCUUGAACAAAGAGAUAUAAAUAUAAAAUUUCAAAGUCAAGUUUAUAAAUUGGAUACAACUAAUGAAGGUCGCGUUAAAGUUUAUUGGAAAGAUAGAAUAAACAACAAUGUGAGCGUGGACGAUGAGUUUGAUGCAGUAGUUGUCACCGCCGCUUUAGGGGCUGUUAGUCAUUGGGAUUUGCCUGCAAACACAUCUUAUCAAAAACGGCGAGCUAUCCGAACACUCGGUUAUGUAGACUCGGUAAAGAUCUUUUUAUCGUUUACUAAACGAUUUUGGGAAUAUUCACCAUCAGAACUUGCAAAUUCCCGUCAACGAACUUCAGAUAAAGGAAUAGUAGGAGGUACUUCAAGUACUGAUCUAUCAGUACGUACAGUAGUAUACCCUUCAUACUACCAAGGUAAUGCUAAUAUUCCUAAAGAAGAAGGAGGUGUUCUCUUAGCAUCGUAUACUUGGAAUUCUGAUGCGCAAAGAUUUAGCAGUUUGACUGAAGAAGAAUGUUUUGAGAUAGCACUUAAAGAUGUAGUGAAAAUUCAUGGUGAAGUGGCAAGAGAAUGCUGGAUACCUGGGUUAGAAAAUAACAAAGCACAUUGUUGGGCAACAGAUAAUUCCGUGGUGGGAGGAGCAUUUGCACUCUUUGGACCAGCCCAAUUUGAAACUCAAGUACAAGGACUUAUCAACGAAGAAAGUCAUAUCCAUUGGGCUGGAGAACAUACAGACGUUCAUCAUGGAUGGAUUGUAGCAGCUUUAAAUUCUGCAGUGAGAGUAACUGGUGAGAUCUUGAGAGGAAACCUUAUGGAAGAUAAAUGGAAGGAACUAGUGAAAAGUGAUUUAUUGAAAAAUUGGGAUGGACAACUAGAUCCAAUGGAAUGA